ACUUAACGAAUUUGGUAGAUCUUAGCGAUCGAGGCAAAAUUCACCAAAAUCCUACGAAAUAUAUUUCAGUUGCGAGCGGACCUCUGCACGGAGUGGAACUAAAAAUUAAAAAAAAAAUACUAGAAAUAAUCAGUCCGCGGAAAACGUUGAAUUCAAUUUUUUUUUUCACAGAUGAAAUUUUUAAUUUUAAGUUAAUUUAAAGCAUAUAUAUAAAAGCCAACUGCAAAAAGUCUACGUCGUGCGAAAAAUUCGUAACGAAAAAUUGCCAGCUGCAUUUUUCCUAAAGGAAACAAAAAGUAAUAAAAUAAAAUAAAAUUCAUUCGUUCAAGCUACGUCGGAACGGAAACGGAGCGUAACGUUGCGAGGGGAUCUGUGGAUCGGGUUAGGAACGGAGUGAAAUACAUAGAGUGGAGUGUGUAGAGGUGUAGAUUGGAGCGUAACGUUACGUUACCAAAAAAUAACGACGGGGUCGUAACGCCAACGACCAUCACACAUACGAUCGAAAAUUAGAAGUAUGACUUUUUCGCGGAAAAAAGUGCUGACGUUAUGCGUGUGCACGCUAUUGGCACUCAUCAGUUUUCCCGGAUAUGUAGACUGUGCUAACAAAAAGGGAUCACAGGCUACAGUAGCGCCACCACCGGCGCCCAUCGAACCCGAGGCUGUAAUCGAAGAGGUCAAUGCCAAGCAAUUGGAGAAAUUAUUGACCGACAAGGAUUAUGUUGCUGUCUUCUGGUAUGCGCGAAGCUGUAUCACCUGUGAUAAAGUAUUAGCUGAACUCGAAAAAAUCGAUGAUGAUACCGAUUCAUUUGGUGUCGACUUCGUAAAGAUUAACGACAAACGACUAGCAAAGCAAUACGGAAUAAAGAAUUUCCCAGCACUCACGUACUUCAGGGAAAAAGAACCAAUUAUCUAUGAUGGCGAUCUCAUGGACGAGGAGGGCGUACUUGAUUUCCUCACUUCUCUCGAGGCCAUGGACCUGCCCGAUCGCAUUGAAGAGGUUAAUUCAAAGAUACUAUUAAAGAUUAUCGAGGAUACUGAUUUUGUAGCUGUUCUAUUCUGUCCCGAUCAUGCCACGUGUCCGCCUAGGGUGAUGGAUAAGCCGCAAUGUCGCAAGUGUGCCAAAGCUUUGCAAGAACUGGAGAAUAUCGACGAUGAAGCAGAUCAGUUGGGCAUUGGUUUUGUCAAGAUUCAUGAUGAGGCAUUGGCCGAGGAAUAUAAUUUGGGCAAUCUUCCAGUAUUGGUUUACUAUCGCCAUCAGACGCCGAUCAUAUAUGAAGGUGAAUUGUCUCGAGAAGAGGAUGUCUUAGAAUGGCUGGUGCAAAAUAAAUCUACCGGUGAUGAAGAUGACGUCAUAGAAGAUGUUACGGCUAAAACGCUGUCCACACUAAUCAGCAAUAUCGAUAAUCUGGUUGUAUUAUUCUAUGAUCAUGGUAAUGAUGAUUCAAUGACCGUAUUGGAAGAGCUAGAACAAAUUGACGACGACUGCGAUAAACACGGUAUUCAAUUUGUGAAAAUUGACGAUCCAAAAGCCGCAGCCGAAUAUGGAAUCGAUACGAUUCCGGCAAUAGUAUAUUUCGAAAAACAAAUUCCAAAUAUUUAUGACGGUGAUCUCAUGGCUGAGGAGCAGAUACUCCAUUGGCUGGUGGGACAAUUAGAGCAUGACGAAAUCGAGGAUGUUACAGAUGAGAUGCUUGACAAGAUGGUGAAGGAAGGCCGUGUUAUGGCUGUGCUAUUCUAUGAUAACAAUGAUAAAAAAUCACAGAAAGUACUGGAAGAAUUGGAGAAUAUUGACGAUGAAUGUGAUGCAUUGGGUAUAACUUUUGUGAAAAUUGACAAUCCUGAAGAAGCCAUCGAAUACGGCAUAAACAAAGUUCCUAAACUAAUUUACUUUGAAAAAGGCAUUCCAACCAUUUACGAAGGCAAUCUUGAGGAUGAAGAGAAAUUGCUGAAAUGGCUCGAGGAGCAAACCACCUCCGAUCAAAUUGAGGAUAUAACUGAUGAGAUGUUGGAUUUGAUAAUAGAAAAGAUGCCUUAUGUCGCUGUGCUCUACUACGACAAGGACCAAAAGAAAUCGCAAAAGGUACUAGCCGAACUGGAGAAUAUCGACGAUGAGUGUGAUCAAAAUGAUAUCGCCUUCGUCAAAAUUGACGACGACAGUGAGGCGAAGGAAUGGGGUAUCGAUGAAAUACCGUCGAUUGUCUUCUUUGAACGUGGCAUACCACAUAUUUACGAAGGUGAUUUAAUGAAAGAAGACGAACUCUUGGGUUGGCUUGUACAUCAGAAGCGUCACUCAGAGAUCCCCGAAGUCACCGACGAGAUGAAGGAUAAGUUGGUUGAAAAUACUGAACAUUUGGCCGUGAUUUUUUACGACAAGGAUGAUAAACAAGAUAUUCGCGUACUCAACGAACUGGAGAAUAUUGACGAUGAACUCGAAAAGGAGGGCAUAGUGAUUGUACGCAUUGACAAUGCCGCCGAAGCUAAAGAAUACGGUUUAGACCAUUUGCCUGCGCUCAUUUAUUUCGAGAACAAAAUACCAGCACUCUACGAGGGCGAUCUAAUGAACGAGGACGAAGUAUUGGAAUGGCUGAUUUUGCAAAAGCGUACCGCCACCAUUGAAGAGGUCACCGAUGAAAUACUGGUCGAAUUAAUCAACGACCAUGAGUAUGUUGUGGUAUUCUUCACCGGUCCCUGUGAGCCGGGCGAAAAAUGCGAUAAGACACUGAAUGCAUUGGAGAGCAUUGACGAUGAACUGGAUGAAGCAGGCAUCAUUUUUGUCACUACCGAAGACACCAACAUCGCCAAGAAGCACAACAUAAAGAGUUACCCACAAUUGGUAUUCUUCAGAAAUCGUGAUCCAUUAGUUUUUACAGGCGAUUUAGAUGAUGAAGACGAAGUAUUGGCAUGGAUCACAGAUGAAGACACUCUAGAGAUUCCGGGUAAAAUUGAGGAAGUGAAUACGAAAAUGUUGGAUAAGAUACUGUCGGAAAAUGAUCACGUGGUGGUAUUCUUUUACCGUGAGGGCGAUAAGCGCGCACAGAAGAUUUUGAAUGAACUGGAGAAUAUCGAUGAUGAAUGUGAAGAAAAGGAUAUUGACUUUAUCAAAACUUCCGAUCCUGAUGUUGAUAAGGAAUACGAUCUGGCUAGCUUGCCGGCAUUAGCAUUUUACAGACACAAGUUCCGCACGAUAUAUGAUGGUGAUCUCAUGAAGGAGGAAGAAAUUCUGGAUUGGGUUAUCGAUCUCCAUGAAUCCACAGCUGACGUUAUCGAAUCUGUCGAUCGCAAAACUUUGCAAGUUCUGAUUAACGACGUAGAACACUUGGCUGUAUUUUUCUAUGAUGACAAAUGCGAGACGUGUCCACAAAUCUUGGAGGAAUUAGAGACCAUUGAUGAUGAUACCGACAAACACGGCAUACAAUUUGUCAAAUCGAAUGAUGUGAAGUUGGCGCAUGAAAUAGGAAUUUUUGCAUUCCCAGCUUUGGUCUAUUAUGAAACGGGCGUUCCAAUCAUGUAUGACGGUAAUCUCAAAAAUGAAAAUCGUGUGUUGCAGUGGCUGAUCAAUCAAAAGAGUGAGGAAGAUGAUGAUAAUGAUGAUGAUGACGAUGAUGAUGAUGACGAUGAUGAUGAUGAGGAUGAUGAUAAUGACGACGAUGACGAUGACGACGAUGACGAUGAUGAGGAAGAUAUCGACGAUGACGAAAUCGAAAAUCAAAUUAAAUGGAGAAUCAAUAAAGGACGAAGAUACAUUGAUAAAGACGAUGACAUUAACGAAGACAAUGACAAUGACGAUGACGAUGAUGACGAUGACGAUAACGAUGAUGACGAUGACGAUGAUGACGAUGACGAUGACGACGAGGAUGAAAUAACCAAGUUGGUUUACCCGAAAGCGGAAAAAAGUAAAGAAGAACAACUCAAACGAUUAAAGAAAAAUAUUAGGACACAACAAAAAAUUGAUGAUGAUGAUGAUGAUGAUGAAGAGGAUGAUGAUGGCAAAACUAACAAGAAAUAUAAACUAAUCAAGCGCAGAAUUGCAUACGACGAAGACGAUGAGGAUGAUGAAUCCGGUGAUGAUGAUGCCAAUGAUGAUGGGGACGAUGGUAAUGACGACGAAGGUGAUGAUGAAGCACACAUGCGAGUGCGAUAUAGAAAGCCGGGUUCACGAAGAUUACGAUUUAAAAAAAUAGUUUUUAAAAGUCGUUUAAUAGAGACAGACGACGAUAAUGAUGAGGAUAAUGAUGGUGAUAAUAAUGAUGAUGAUGAUGGUGAUGAUGAUGAUGAUGGUGAUGAAGAUGAUGAUGAUAAUGAUGAUGAUGACAAUGAUGAUGAUGAAGAUAAUGAUGAUGAGAAUGAUGAUGGUGAUGAUGAUGAUGAUGAUAUUAUUGAUGACGAUAAUGAUGAUGACGAAGAUGAGGAUGAGGAUGAGGAUGAUGAAGAUGAAAGGCAAAGUGUCAAAAAAAGAAAAUACAUCUCAAUGUCACAACGGAAAAACCAGCGCCGCAAAUCGGACGAUAAUGAUGACUACGACGAUCGUAGUAAAAAACAAUAUCAGCGUAGCAAACCGAAUAGAAGCAAGAGAUAUAAAGACAGAAAUGACGACGACGAUGACGACGACGAGGACGAGGACGACGACAAUGAUGAUGGUGAUGAUGAUGCGAAAGAUGUUAGAAGUCAUCCAAAAUUGCAAAAGCCAAUAAAACCUCAGAAAAUGCAUCAAGCUAAUGAACUUUGCAACAAACGAUUCUUAGAUAAGUUAGAUGACGAAUGUUUCUAUGUUGGAUUGGGUCACGACGGCGGCUCAGCACGGCGUGGUAGUAAUUUCGCACCGAACGCAUAUAAACCAUUCCAAUGUUGUCCCACUAAACUGGAAAAGUCAACGAAAGUUCCCAAAAUGACCGCACAACGCAUCGGCCACGGCGACGGCGACGCGGCAAAUAAGCGCGGCGGCAGUUCUGCGGGCAACUUUCAAUUUGGACCGGCCACAGUGAGCGGUGGUACAGGUGCAGCCGGCAAGUCGGCCAAAGCAGCUCAUAAAAAGGAUAAGGAUAGCAAAACUCCAUUCAGGCAAAUUGUGAAGAACGACGCAGACGAUGAUGACGACGAAGACGAUGAUGAUGAUGACGACGAUGAUGCGUCUGUACCAAUGGGAAAAGUCUCCUACACCAGUCCUCGAAAAUCUAGCGGCUCCGCAGCGAAGAAAGCUACUGGCGGCAACAAGCAGGUGGCCAACGAUAAGUCUUAUGACAGUGGAAAAUCGUCGAAAAAGGCUAAGGAUGGCGAUAAAUUGAAUGUGAAGACCGGCUUUUAUUAUUUGCAUAAACGACUAAAAAAUCUAUAUGACCUUUUUCAGGAUAUCUCUCUUUGGGAAUAAGGAAGCAAUAUAAUUGAAAAAGCAAAAUAAUAAUAAUUUACACACAAACAAACACCCACACUGCAUUGUUCAUAUGUACUAAGAUAAUAGAAAAUACCCACUACUAAUUAUACCUUGUGAAGAUUCAUAUCGGAAGAAAUUUGUACAUAUUUCCAAUAUAUAUUAAAAAACAACUGGAAAAUACUAACAACAACAAACAAUUGCUUUAUUGUGUGCAAAAACUAUUUGGUCCUGACUAAUUAAAUUAAUAAAAUUAUUAGAGUUAAUUCUAGAAAAAAUUGUAUCUAGUACUAAUCACGGAGUCCCCAAAGCUACGGUUCCUUAAAAGCAUAGAACCCUAUCCCAGGGAUUGCAUAAUUAAAUACAGCUCAGUAACAUUGUAUCAUGCGCUCUUACAAAAUAGCAUCCCAAACAAUUGGACAUCUUUUUUAUGAAACUGAUAACAGCAACAACACAAUUUUAACAGUUCAUUGGCUAAAUUAUUUUAAAUACUUCCAUAGAAAAUAAUUCGAAAAAAUGGUUUUUAAUAAAUUAAAUUGGACCUCAGUGAGCGCAUGAAUACUAAAAUAUAUCGAAUAGAGCUAUUCACUAUACUGAGCCUUUACUUUCAAACCUCGGAAAUAGUUGUUACGCAUACAAAUUUUGGCGUUUUCCGAUAGUGAAUAGCUUAACUAAUGAGAUAUCUAGUGACUAAAUUAGUAACAACCGUCACCCUUUUUGGCAAACUAUGAAAAUCUAAAUAUAUCAAUGAAUUAAAACAAAACACCCAUGGAACUAUACACACCGACAUACAAAUGUGUAGCCCAAUUAGUUUGUCCUUGAGAAUACUGCCAUGGCACAACGCUUACACAAGCGCAAUACUCGCCAACUUCGCAACGCACAUAUGUAUGUAUGUAUACCAAUAUGUUCAUAAUUUCUUUGAGAUUAUACAUUAAUGUGUGCGUAAGUAUAAUAAAGCAUACAUAUAUCGUCCAAAAAUAAGAACAACAUUGGAAAUUGAUCAGUCUUACUAGGGACCAUAAUCCAUUAUCAAAUAUAAUCACCGAUACGGUGAUAUAGAUGUACAGUUGUCGUAAAUGGACAAUAACAACAACAAGACAAAUAAGAACUCCAAAAAAAAAAACAACAAAUAUUGCAAACGUUCCACUACUUUGCAGAGAUUGUUCGUUCAACAGACAACUCAAUCCAAUCCAACUCUUAAUUUUCAAGAAAAAUAUUAAUUUCAAUCAAAUUAAUUAAUCGCCUUCUAAGUAGAUUUAGUUGUUAUACAGCAUUUGCGCAGCACAGUUAUUAACGUGGAAAAUGUUCAAAUUAAGUAAAAAACUUAUAUCUCAAUCAGACGGACUUGAUUAAGAAAUAUCUCGUUAUGCAAACGUUUUCUAUUGCUCGGGAGUCAAGGGUCAUGACUCAAGACUGUGCUAUGCGUAAAUCUGUUUUUGUUUUUCGUUAGUUUCCUUUUUGUAGUUGCUUAGUAAAAAAGCUCCAAUUUUUCCGUUCACUUUUUACGCUCCGCUUUUGAUUUGCCACAAGUAGAAUGUAUGUAUGUAUGUCCUCACAUUGGUUGAUAUGUGUAUUCACAUAAGCCACUUCGUUUGCUCUUGCUCUCCAUAGCCGUUCGUCGACCAGCCUUCUUGCCAAAUUAAUUAGAGUAAAAGAACGUCAAUAAAAUAAGGACUUGCUCCAACUGAAGGCAAUUUGUACUUGAAAACUCAAUAAAUCAAAAAGAAAAAAAAAAAACAAAACAAAAAAAAAAGAAAUGUCAGUUAACUAUUUUAAUUUUUAUACUGUUAUACUAGAGAAUCUUAACUAUUUACAAACUUUUAUUGUUAAAGAAGAAAACAAAAAGAAAACUCACUUGAUAAUCUCCAAAGUUGGAAAAUUUAUUUUAGAAUUACAACAAACAAUUUUUGUAACUGUACUUAACACUUUUGAUACUAUACAUUUACACGUUUUGUGCCGUUUUGUGUACACUUUACAAUGUAGGGGACUUGAAAAUUUUAUUGCUAACUUUUUAUUAUUAUUUAUUUUGUAAUAUAUUGUACUUAUGUAUUUAAAAUGCAAAAAUCUGUUAACUAUUUUCGGAGCUGAUAUGAAAGCAUAAGAAGUAAAUGAAGAACAUUGUAAUAAUCGAACCGAAUGCCGUACCGUCUGAAGACAACAAAAAUAAUAACAACUUUGCAUAUGUCUAGGCAUAAAUGUAUAUAGUAUAUAACUAAUAUAUUUAUAUAUAAACAUAAAGCGCUAGCUAAAUUUAGCGGAGGCACGGUUUUCGAUUAAAAAGUUUUUUAUAUUUUGUUGUAGAGAAAAGUUUGUAGUUUGUGUGAAAGAGUGGUGUUGCAAAGCGAAUGUAACACACAAGCACACACACACACACAAACCAAUGUAUAUAUGUAUAUAAAUACAUAUGUAUGAAGGAGGAGCCCCUAGGUGGUGACCUCUGGCUUUUUGUAAUUUUAUUUAUUGUUGUGCCGGUAUUUAAAAUACCGUUAAACUCACGCCUUUUCCGGUUGCCUACAUACGCACAUACACACAUAUGCACGUCAGUGGCUAGUUACAUUAGCAUCUCGACCCGGUAUGUGUGGAUGUGUGUGUGCACGCCUGGAAGCGCUGUUAUAAUUUAACGAAGUUGAAGCACUUGUUAUAAAUGCAGUUUUCUAAUUUUAAUUAUAAUAAAGAAUACACACACACAUCGAAAUGUAACUGUUUUUCAAAAAUACAAAAUAAAAAAUUAAA